AUGUCAGCGACCGCCUUCCGGAGCAGGACAACGCCACGGCACGCCUGGAGCCUGACUGCUGCAAGGGUAAAACAUUGCCUUGCUGUGACAUCUCUUGUUUGGACCGUCUCGCCCUGCGUGCUUGCCAUGAUGGUGGCUCAGAACACAAGACUCAAGAUAUGUAGCCCGCUUCUUUCCUCUAGCUCAAAACUGUCGCUCAAGCUCAUCAUGCCGUGGACGAAAGAGCAAACGACCCUGUGGCCACCAUGCACGCAAGACAAGAGAUUCAUACGCAGCCACACUGGAGGCUCUUGGUUGUAUUUGCCGCGCUCUGUUAGCUCUUGGCCAGGAGUCUUGCCUUGCUGCCCAGCUGCUCCCAAGGAAAGAGACGGCAUCGAAAACUGCCAGGAGAGUUGUUGUGACGUCAAACAACAAACCCCAGCGCAAUACGGCGCCUGUGCUGGCUCUUCAGCGACUUCUCAUCAUAAGGAUCGGCCAACACUCUCUAGCACCGCGCAACACCAGGUUCAUUCAGGCUCCCGCCCAGGAGGGCCAACCUGCUGCCAUGAAGGCCCUUCUAUGGAACCGAUGCGCACAACUCUGGACCGUGAGCAAGGCCUGUCUACUCACGAACACAUCGUCCUCAGUAUUACAGGCAUGACUUGUACCGGCUGUGAAACAAAGCUCCAUCGCACCCUUGGCACUUUCCCCAGCAUCAAGAACCUGAAAACCAGUCUGGUUCUUUCUCGAGCUGAAUUCGAUCUUGAGAAGAGGUCCCUAGUUGAUGUUAUGAGGCACGUCGAGAGGACCACCGAGUUCAAGUGCGAAAGGGUGAAAAAGGGAGCCUCGGUUGAUGUCAUCGUGCCAGGAGGUGCAUCGGCAUUUAUGGGGGAGCGGUGGCCGAAGGGUGUGACAGACAUGGCCUUGGUCAACGACACAACUGUCAACAUAUCCUAUGACCCGCAACUUGUUGGUGCCCGGGAUCUAGCUGAGAGAGGCUGGGGCGUGCCCGUUGAGCUCGCCCCCCCUCAGCCAGAUGCCUCUCUGUCAAAUGGGAGCAGGCAUGUCAAGCACAUCGGACUCAUGACGCUCGCGUCCAUCCUUUUGACCAUUCCUGUACUGGUUCUUGCUUGGGCACCGCUCCACGGGCAUGAGAUUGCAUACGAAUCAGGCUCGCUUGCCCUGGCUACUCUGGUUCAAUUCUUGGUGGCCGGACCCUUUUAUCCCAAGGCCCUCAAGGCUCUCGUCUUCUCCCGUGUCAUCGAGAUGGACCUUCUCAUUGUCCUCAGCACCAGCGCCGCUUAUGUUUUCUCGGUCGUGUCCUUUGCAUUUCUUGUGACUGGAGAACCGCUGUCGACCGGUAGUUUCUUUGAGACAAGCACUUUGCUUGUCACGCUCAUCAUGGUCGGUCGCUAUGUGGCGGCCUUGGCUCGUCAGAAAGCCGUGGAAUCCAUCUCGAUUCGAUCUCUUCAAGUCAAUACCGCCAUUCUCGUUGACUUCCACGGUGACCACGGCAGGGAAAUCGACACCAGAUUACUUCAGUUAGGGGACAUCUUCAAAGUCAUGCCUGAGUCCCGAAUUCCUACAGAUGGUACUACUCUUGCGGGAACGUCGGAGGUGGAUGGGUCCAUGGUCACAGGAGAGUCUAGACCAGUCGUGAAGUCCCCCGGGUCACCUGUUAUUGCGGGAACCAGCAACGGAUUAUCUCCACUGCUCGUCCGUGUCACUCGCAACCCCGGAGACAAUACCAUUGACACCAUCGCCGCCAUGGUUGACGAGGCCAAGCUAUCCAAACCCACGAUGCAACGCCUCGCUGACCGCGUGGCAAGCUAUUUUGUCCCUGUCAUAUCGCUUCUCAUGAUCAUCACGUUCGCCAUCUGGAUUGCGGUUGGAAUCAGAGUACGUGGUGUAUCGGCAAGGGAAGCAAUCAUCGAGGCAGUUACAUACGCCAUUACCGUCUUGAUAGUUUGUUGUCCUUGUGCCAUCGGCUUGGCCGUUCCCAUGGUCGUUGUGAUUACUACCGGUGUUGGGGCCGAACACGGUGUCAUCUUCAAGUCCGCUGAGAGUAUCGAGGUGGCGUACCAGGCAAAAUAUGUCAUCCUUGACAGGACUGGCACUCUGACCGAGGGCAAGUUAUCUGUCGUUUAUUACGACGGAACGGAUGGGGAGCUGGUCAACAUGUCGCUCCUUCUCGAACUGCUGGAGAGCACCAAACAUCCCGUCUCCCUCGCGGUUGCUACUUUUCUGAAGGACAAGGGUGUGUUGUCCUCUACAGUCCAAGACAUCAGGUCUCUGCCCGGAAAAGGAGUUCAAGGCCUUGGCUUGGAUGGCCAAAUCCUUCAGGCAGGGAAUGUCCGGUGGCUCGAUGUGGAGUCUGACCUCCGUGUCCAGAUGCCUCAAGAAGCUGGCCACACGGUAUUUUGCUUCACGAUUGAUGGCAAACUUGCUGCAGUAUUUGGGCUCCAAGACACACUGCGAAAAGAAACAGCAACCACCAUUCAGUCCCUGCAAAACCGCAACGUAGCGGUCCACGUUCUUUCAGGAGAUGACGAUGGCCCUGUUUGGGCCGUCACUGAUCAACUGGGGAUACCCUGCUCCAACGUUCGCUCACGCUGUACACCGGCAGAUAAGAAGUCGUACGUUGAGGAUAUCCUAUCGCGCUCUCCGGAAUCCGUCGUCAUCUUUUGCGGCGACGGGACCAACGACGCAGUGGCUCUAGCACAGGCUACAGUGGGCAUCGCCAUCAGCCGAUCCCUAAACUCGACGGCAGAGCUGGCAGAAUCUGCUGCCGACAUCGUGCUCAUGCGGCCUGACUUGAAAGGCAUCCUAACCGUCAUGGAUUUAAGCCGCAAGUCAGUUCAUCGUAUAAUUUUCAACUUUACGUGGAGCUUUGCCUACAAUUUAUUUGCCGUUCUGCUGGCAGCGGGCGCAUUUAUGUCACUCAACAAUGCAAGGAUUCCACCAGAGUUUGCCGGGCUGGGAGAGCUGGUCAGUGUGUUGCCCGUCAUUCUGGCAGCUCUACUUUUGAAGCGGGCAAGGUUCUGA